AUGCCAGGCCCAGAGCACCAGACAGACGAAAAGGGGACCCACAACGACAUUGAAGCUUUCCACGCCGUUCUCCGCUCGAGUCGCCGGAUUCUUGCUCUCUGUGGGGCCGGACUGUCCGCAUCGUCGGGCUUACCAACCUUCCGUGGCACGGGAGGUCUUUGGCGUAACUUCGAUGCCACCAAUCUGGCGACUCCCGGGGCUUUCGCCAUGGAUCCUGGACUGGUGUGGCUCUUCUACGGUUACCGUCGGCACAUGUGUAUGAAAGCCAAGCCAAACGACGCUCACAAGGCCCUGGCCGCCCUGGCCAGGGAGAUGCCAGACUUUCUGUGCUUGACACAGAAUGUGGACAAUCUGUCACAGAGGGCCCAGCACCCGCCUGAUCGCCUGUACACUCUGCAUGGCUCGCUCUUCGAUAUAAAGUGCAACAAGUGUGACUGGAUCGAGCGAGGUAACUUCGACGACCCAUUCUGUCCUGCCUUAGCGCCGGCCUCCGUUGACCCGCCUCCCGGCGAGACGCUCCCGCUCCUAAAUCCAUACCACCGUAUCCAGCAUAUUUCGGAAGAUGAGUUACCCAAGUGCCCCCGGUGCAAGCAAGGGCUUCAACGACCCGGUGUCGUGUGGUUCGGAGAAAGUCUUGACUUCGACGUGAUUGCGAAGGCAGACAGUUUUGUCCGAGCCGGCCCAUUGGAUCUCAUGUUUGUCAUAGGCACGUCCGCAGUCGUUUCCCCGGCAGCAGGCUACAUCGACAAGGCGCGUAGGAAUGGUGCCCGCAUCGUGGUGAUUGACCCGCGUGCUGAAGACCUUGAUGAGAUGGACAAGCUCCGGACCGGUGAUUUCGCCUUUGGGCAGGACGCAGCAAAGAUCCUACCCGUCCUACUAGAGCCCAUAAUCGGGACCCGCCAGCCAGAUGGAAGCUACCGAAAGCCUGGUUGA